AUGUAUCACAUAACUAACCAACUAAAUAUUUUGAAUAAGGAAACAAACAUUGGAACUGUUCAAUCUAACGCAGUCCCGCUGGCAGGUGGUGUUCCAGUUUUCCAUGCUCCAAAUGAAGCUAGAGGUAGAUCCAACAGAGAGCACAGUCCAGAGGGAUCUCGUCUGAAGGGGGUCCUAAAAAGUCACCAACCUGCAGGAUUUUUUCUCACAGCUACCUCCUGUUUCCACUGCAACCAGAACACUUUUGCAGCCACAUCUCAACAAAUUGAUUUGGACAGGCGCUGUCUGGAGGAAUUCCCUUAUCUGGACUCCAUGGAAGAAGUGCAACUUCUCUAUCUGCAGCACAACCUGAUUACAAAGAUCCAACACGUGUCGCAUCUGAAGCGGCUCGUCCUCCUGGACUUACAUGACAACCACAUCUGUGAUAUGACGGGACUGGAACAUCUGAGCUCUCUCAGGAUUCUCAUGCUGGGGAAGAACAGAAUCCAAAAAAUUGGCUGCUUGGAAAGUUUAUCUAAACUGAACAUUCUGGAUUUGCAUGACAAUCAGAUCAGCAAGAUGGAAAAUAUUUCUCACCUGCAUGAGCUUCAGGUUCUUAACCUGUCGGGAAAUCAAAUCUCCAGAGUGGAAAACCUGCAGGGCCUCAGCUCCUUGAUUGAACUCCACCUACAGAACAACAGCAUCUCUGUGGUGACCGAGGUGGACCGCCUACCCGGCUUGCAGCGUCUCUUCCUCCGCUGCAACAACAUCCUCAGUUUUGAUCAGCUAGCCUGCCUUGGAGAGUCUCACUCCCUUUCUGAGCUCACCCUGGAUGGGAAUCCUGUAGCCCUGGAGACAUGGUACAAGCACGCCGUCCUGCGCUGUGUGCUUCACCUGAGACAGCUGGACAUGAAGCGCAUCACAGACGAGGAUCGGCGCAUGGCAGGUGUAUUGACACGAAAAGAGGAAGAAAAGAAGAAGGAGAGUCAAAAGCAGACCAUUCAUAAGGAGAAGCGGCGUCUAGCGAUCCGUAAUGCAGCCCAGCAGUGGGAGGGCGUCAAGGCCUGCUUGGAGCCGCCUCCAACAAACGGCUCCAAGGAGGAAGCUAGUCCAGAGAACAGCCCCACUCACAGCCCCGCACAGACCAAUGGCCUUGGACAGGAGACUUCUCCAGAGGAACCAAGACGUGUAAGUCCAGGUUCAGGACCAGAACGUCCAUCGGGGAUAACAGAGAACAGGCUCCGCACCAACAGCCGUCCUAACAGCCCUCGAGAUCCAAAACUUGUGGAGACAGGGAGUGGCAGCGUUCAGAGCUUGUCGUUGUCUGACAGUCACCUGGCAGAGCUUGAUGGAGACACCCUGCGUUUAUUUGGACUUGGAGCCCUGGAGGCCCUGGAGAGGGGCUGGGGUGUUCAGACUGCUGGUGCCGUCACCGUCAUCGCCUUCCGCUUCAUUAACUUCGACGCCAUCGUUCCCACACUGCCGAGGAUUAGAGUCAAGUUCCCCAAUCUAUCGCACCUGAUAUUCCUGGAGACCAACAUCAGCCGUCUCCCCCAGCUUGCUGCUCUGGCUCAGGUGAGGCGUCUGGACCAACUGACCAUUCAUCCAGAAGGCAACCCCGUGGUCAGCCUUAGUUUGUGGCGCUCAUUUGUGGUCUAUCGACUCCACCACUUCAACCUUCAGAAGAUCAAUGGCCUGGAGGUGACCAUGAACGAUGUGAUUGCUGCAGAGCGGGUGUUUGGGACAUUGGGUCACAUAGCAGCCACUGAAACUCCACGCUGCCGCCUCCUAUUGCUGCUGGAAGAGUCCAGGAAAAGGCAGCUGCAGUUCCUGUUGGAGGGGCGCGGCCGGCGAGCAGGGCUGAGUCCAGAGGAGCUGAGGGAUAAUGGAAGGCUGCUGGGUGAAGGCCUGAGCAGAGCGCUCUUUAACUAUCCAAGCAGAGACUGUAAUGCAGAGAGUCCUGAGCCCAUUUCAUCACAGGAAGUCACCGUGGAGUCCUCUGAGCGUGCCGCCUUCAUAGAGCAGUACCUCCAGGAGCUGGUUAAAAGAGCAUCAGACACCAAUCUAAAGGGGGAGGCUUUACACAAGCUCUGGCCGUCCAUGUUUGCGGAGAUGGUGAGGGACUGCGUGUUGGAAAUGAGGGACAGGGAGGCCUUCCGCAGGGCCAGUCUAGCAAAGCUCACAGAGAUCCAGUAAAACGGACCAAAGGUUCACCUUGACAUUCUCCAAGACCAAAUGCGGACAUCGCUACCCGCUGCUUUUACCGCCAUUUCAAAUCCGCCUCUAAGCACCUCAUCCCAUUUUAAUUUAUCAGUUAUUAGUCAGAGUUCUUCUCAGAGAAUGAUUUAGACUAAUGCAGAUCAUCUUGACUGAAUGUAGAUCCUCACUGAUUCCAUUCUCCAGAGUAUGGAGCCGUAUCACGCCUAAGGAAGGUCAAAAGGACUUACUGUCACCGUCCUCUGCAGAAAAUGAAGAAUUUUUCUUCUAAUCCACCUCAUGCCCCAUUUUCUCCCACCUGCCUGACAUGAAGAAAGGACACAAAGACAUGUUCUUUUUUUGUUUACAACUGACUUUCUGUAUUAUACUUAGUAUUAAAAUAAUCUGCAUUAGCUCAGA